CUCUAUCUCCUACAGCCAGUCCUACUACAUCUUCAACAAAAUCACAUACUACAUUUGCUACCAAUCCAACAAAAUCACUUUCUACAUCACCUACCACACCUCCGUCUACCAGUCCAACUACAUCUCAUCCUACCAGUCCUACAACAUCACGUACACCUCAUACUACCCAUCUAACAACAUCUCCAGCUACCAGUCCUACAACCAGUACUACAUCUGCAACUACCAGUUCAACAAUAUCAACUUCUACAAGUCCUACUACCAGUUCUACAACAUCACCUACUACCAGUCCAACGUCUCUUACUAACAGUCCUGCAACAAAACCUACAACUUCUACUACCCGUCCUACAACAACACCUACAACUUCUACUACCUGUCCUACAACAACACCUACAUCUUCUACUACCAGUCCUACAACAACAUCUGCAUCUUCUUUUACCAGUCCUACAACAGCACCUCCAUCUUCUACUACCAGUCCUAUAACAACAAACACAUCCUCUACUACAAGUUCUUCAACCCCAAGUAGUUAUUUAACUACCUCCGCCACUUCUAGUAUUACAUACGAAUCGACGUCUUUAGUGUCAACUGUUGCUGCACUUUACCCAACAUUUAAACCAGUAAUAGAGGUUACAUCUUUCAAAGUAGAUGUGACAAUUAAAAUAAAGGCUGUUUACGAUGUGAAACUAAAUGACAAGAACAGUCCACUGUUUUCAAUCUAUUCCAAAAACUUUACUGAAUCGUUCUCUUUAUCAUUAAGUAAAGGAAGUGUAGUGUGUAAUUACAACGCUGUAUUUGAUCUAACCAAAACCAAUUCAGAAACGGUGAAGAUACUUAAAAAGAAAGUAAAAGAGAAAAUUAAGAAUAUUAAGACUCUUCCUGGAGCAGUGGAUGACGAGUCUGUAGAUGAAACAUUUGCAGAAGAUACAAUGAAACAUUUUACGGAUAAAUGUUGGAAAGCUUGCCCGACAAAAUCAGAGUGUUCAGAGAGAGAGGACGGCAGUGGAAUAAAAUGUACACAUAAGUGCGAGUAUCUUGAAUGUGGUAAUUAUGGUCAAUGUGAGUUGAAGGACGACGAAGCUGUAUGUAGAUGUAAUGAAGCUGAAGAUAUAGAGUAUAGUGGUGUUAAUUGUGAUAUAGUAAAAGACAAAAUUCCAGUUUCCAAACAGCAAAUAUUGAUUAUAAGCUGUAGUGUGGUAGGAUUCUUGUUGUUGAUCAUCAUUAUAGUGGCAAUUCUGUUUUACAGACGACAUCGGCAAUUUAAAACACUGACCAAAUCUAACAGGUAUCUGGAUGACGAAAAUGUUUUAGAACGAUAUUCCCUUUAUAGUGGAACAGCUCAAGAGCCGGAAUCACAGAGAAUCAGCUCUAGAAGUAACGACAACGUAAGUUUCUCUCAUUUUAAACAAAACAACUAUAGAAGAGAGACCAGUUCUCACGAACACUGGCACGAUGUCGAGCUUCAAGAUGAGCAAAUCGGUCACCAAUUUUACAUUGAGUUGCACGGGAUCACAGAAAAGAAUAGGUCGAAAUCUUAUAUGAAUGGUGCUUUCAAUAAAUAUGACUCCGAGUCUGCUGGAUCUUCACAAGUGUUGGAGUCCUCUUUUAAUCAGCGUUUAAAUCGAGAACGCAAAACAUCCACUGGCGAUUACAUCCAUCGAACAACAAGGGAGAUUUCUCAGAAACCAUUAAGUGUAUAUGGCGAAAUAGACACUGAUACAGACUUUUCAAUACGUCGCCCUAAGAUUAUUCUGUAG